AUGCCCAUCGAGUUUCGUUGCGAUCGGCCUCCGUUAACCCUGUCUCAUAGUCAAAACAUUAAAAAAAAAUGUUACCUACCCCAAAUUUAUGGUAGUGUGUGUGUUUGCAGAACAAUCCUGUUGAGCGUGAUCUCACUGCUGAAUGAACCCAACACCUUUUCUCCUGCAAAUGUGGACGCUUCGGUCAUGUUUCGCAAGUGGAGGGACAGCAAAGGCAAGGACAAGGAAUAUGCAGAGAUUAUAAGGAAGCAGGUGAUGUCCACUAAGGCAGAUGCAGAGCGGGAUGGAGUAAAAGUACCAACUACGCUAGCCGAGUACUGCAUCCAGACCAAAGUGCCUUCCCACGACAGUAGCUCCGACCUGCUCUACGACGAUCUUUAUGACGACGAUAUAGAGGAGGAUGAGGAUGAGGAUGACGAGGCAGAGGCCGUUGGGAUUGGCAGCGAAAUGGCCGGGGACUGUUUUGGCGAUGAAGACGACUCUGGCAAUGAGGAGUCUUGACCUCCUUCCACCAUUUCCGUGACACUGACCUUCGCCCUCACACUAUUCUUUACCCCUACAGCCUCAUGUUUCAGAUUCUCUUUUCCUAUGCUUAAAGCUUUCAUUUUCACUCUGAAAACCCUUCAGAUCUCUGUCCUUAUAGCACCUCCCACCUCCCUAAAGUACACCAUGGGUUCAUAAAACCAGUCAUUUGUGGUUACAUUUCACAUCCCACCUUCUCCUGCCUCUUAACCUCAGGGCUUUUGGAUAUUCAGAGCUUGUCAGGCCACCUUAAACAUGUUCUUUUUAAAAAAAAAAAUAUUAAAAAUUUUAAGGGCUAGUUCCCACAAAAAUUUUAAUUUUGUUAUGAUUUAUUCGCCCUCAUGUUGUUCCAAAACCUGUAGGACAUUCUUUCUUCCGUGGAACAAAAAAAAUUGACAUUUUUAAGGAUGUUUGAGCUGCUUUUUCCUAAAAAUUAAAACAAAAAAAUCCCUGUUUUCGAAUAUGCCUAUUUUCCUGCUAAAUAGUAGGUGUUGCUCCGUAGUCCGGACAUGAAAAUAGUUAGUCUGAAUUCAUAGUAUUGAUACAGUAAAUAUCUGGAUGACCUAUUACUUCCAGCGAGAUUCUAAAGUGAGCAUCUGAUGGACACUUUACUAUCCCAUGAGGCCACAGGAGAGGAGUUGUGCCGUUCACAAGUAACAUGACAGUUGCAAAGUUUGUUCUUCGUCAAAUGUACUAUGUGAUUUCAGACAAGCUCCUAAAACGACACUAAAACACCAUAAUAGUAUGACUAGUGAGCUAUAUUCUGAAUAUUUUGUAGCUAUACGAUGG